UAAAAACUAAUUAAAAUAAACUGUUAUGGACAAUAACCGUCGCAAUAGCACGGUAGAUCCCGGAGGAAGUCUUACCACGAGAAUGCAAUUUAACAUGACGACUACUUUACCUAAAUCGCCACAACAACGGACUUCCGAACUUGGCCCGCGGCCCCGUCCCGACUACUAUCCGCAACCACAACAGCAGCAACAAGGGCCUUACCAGGCACAGCCGCCGCCGCAGUCGUUUCAGAACCAAAACCGGCCCGGGCCGCCGAACGCUCAGAGGCCGCCUCCCGGGCCGCCCAGACCGCCUAGCGGACAAAGGCCGGCGGCCGCCAACAAUCCUUGGAACCUCGUGAGACAAGCGUUGCCUGCAGACGGCGUUCGCGGCCCACCGCCACCUCUGCAGCGACCGCCGUACUACAACAUGCAGCAGCAGCAGCAAAGGCCUCCGCCGCCGCCACAGGCUCAAGACCAGUACAGGCCGCCGCCGCCCCCCGUAGAACGUCGGCCCACGUUGUCCCGCAUCGAAGACAGACCCACGUACAGGCCGCCGCCGCCGCCACCCGAAAACGUUAGACAGAAACCAGGCGUCGUCGGCGGCGGCGGCGGCGAUGACGACGACGAAGCCGUAGUGACCAGUCAACAGUCGUCGGUGCCGCCGCCACCGUUGAACCGCCGCGAUUCGACCAUGGUGUUGCCCGGUAAACCGGAGGCCGGCGAUCAACCACCGGCCAGACAGUGGCCAAGACCCGUGCAAGGGCCAUCGUAUCCGAACAACCCUCUGCCGCCCGAACAGUACGGUCGGCCGUCCAUACCGGAGGUCCAAGAGCGGUACAACGAAAGGCCGGAACCACAAAAAUUCCAGACGGUCAACUACAACAGGCAAGACGAUGAACGGCGGCCGAAUAUACAACAAAACGGUCCGAAACCCAGAGAGUACGGCCGGAGAGACAGCGUACUGGAACAGCCGAGGAUUGAUGCGAUGCGCAGGAACGACUCGAUGGACAGCGAAAAAUCACCGGGAACCAGGCAAGACACGGUGAAACGGCCGGACUAUCGAAAACCGUUGGAACAAGAAGAACUCAGACGCGCUGAACCGGUAAGAAGACCCGAACCGGAAGAAGUUAAACGCCCUGACUUUAGGAGACCGUCGGUACAAGAGCUCGAAGUGAAGAGACCGCCGGAAUACAGGCGACCCGAACCGGAAGAGUUUAAACGCGCCGAUUAUCGAAGACCGUCCGAAAAAGAAUUGGAAGCCAAGAGACUGGACUACAGGCGUCCCGAACCGGAAGAUAUUAAACGCGUCGAUCUUCGGAGACCGUCGGAACAAGAGGUGGACACAAUCCGAACGGAGUACAGGAGACCGGAGCCUUCGCUGGACAGAUUGUCCAGAAACGUUGACCAAAGGUCUUACGCGCCGGAACGUAGGUUUUCCAUUGAUAAACCGUUGGCCGAGUCGUCGUACAUGCCCAAAGAUCAGUUGAACAGAGAUCUGAGAAAAUCCAAUUUCGAAGCGACUUACUUGAAGACCGUGAGAGAAAUCGGCAAUACGGAUGACAAGUACACGGCUGAGGCGGCGAACAGACCGUUGGAAAGACGGGACGAUCGUAGAAUAGAAGACCGAAGAACGGACGACCGAAGAAUGGAAGACCGAAGAACGGAUGAUCGCAGGAUAGACGAUCGAAAAACUGAUGAUCGAAGACCGAAUGAAAGGAAAGAUGACGACCGACGGCAAGAUGAACGGAAAACGGAGAUUGCUCAGAAAAUCAAAGAUCCGGCGACCGAACCGUCUGUGGGGGGCGAGCUUAGCAAUCGAAAUAAAACGGUUACCGUCAAAGAAAAAGACGAACGGCAAAUCGAACAGAAUAAAAACACAAGACCCGACACUUUAAAAAUAAAUAAAGAUCACGAGCCUCUGAAAGAAUCGUCCAUUGCAAAAGGCAACCAAAGAAGCGACGGCGGCGACGUAUGCAAGUCCCCGAGCAAAAUUCCGAAAAAAGAAAAAUCGGAACUGAAAACGCCCACCAGAGCAGUGACGCCGAAAUCACCGGAAAGCGUAACCGGACAAAAAAAAUUGUCGAUGAAUAAAGUACAAGUGGGAUCAGCGCCGUCUCCGAACCUCAAAGUGGUCCGGUCGAAAGUGGAUUCGUUACAAAACACCAGUUACAAACCUGGCGGCGGACAGGUGAAAAUCGAGCACAGAAAACUCGAAUGGAAAGCUGGCACAAGGAUUCAAGCGAAAAACGACGCCUACGUUCCGGGAGGAGGCGAUAAAAAGAUUCAAAGCGUUAAGCUGCAAUGGAACGCCAAACCAAAAGUGGGCUCGCUGGAAAACAAAACGCACAAGCCUGGCGGCGGUGACAAGAAAAUCGAGACGGUCAAGUUGGACUUCAAAGACAAAGCAAAACCGAAAAUCGGAUCCAAAGACAACAUUAAACACACGCCUGGCGGUGGAGCAGUCAAGAGCCAGUCUACAAAUGUAAUUGGAAAGGAACGCGACAUCGAAGACCAAAAGAUAGAAAUAAAAGCCCAGAGCAAAGUGGGCUCGUUGGACAACGUCAAGCACAAACCAGGCGGCGGAGAAGUGAAAAUAUUCGACGACAAAACUUACAUCAAACAAACGACUGGCACACCGGUUAAAUCACAGAGCUCAAGAUCAUCGCAAGCCGAUAAUUUGGCCGAACAAGAAAUGUAGUCUACUGUACAUAACAUCAUCCGCAUCACUACAUCAUAACACCUAUAUGUAUUUAUAUUUAAAAUAUUAUUUUUUAUCCGGCAUAGUGUUAACGCUACUGCUGCAGUUAAUUUAGAAGCCGAUACACAUACGUUAAUAAUAUUAUAUUAUUGCAUUUCAAAAGUCUGCACUGCCGUUAAACACUUGCUGGUAUACUAUAUUUAAAACUAUAUGUUGUAAGCGCAAAAUUUUGUAUAACGUUUUAUUAACUUUGAAAUAUACCUAAAAUAUUUUA